CAAUCUCAAUCUGCAGAUUGUAAUUAAGGUUGUUUUGUUUCUGUCCGUUUCCCGUUUCCGGGCAAGAUGAAAGGUCGUCGGUCGUCAGGUCCCGCGUCCGUUAUUCCGUUAUCGUCAAAAUCAUCGGUUUCCGCUCCCUCAUCUUUCUCCCACUCUUCAGAAUCAUCCCUCGCCCAACCGAAAAAACUGUCUGAAUCCAAUCCAAUCCAAUCCCUUCUUCUUCUUCCUCCAUUCAUCUCUUCCUCCUCCUCUAAAUUGAUGCAGACCCGUCGUUCUCUUAAACCCACGGCCUCCAACAACCCGAUCUGAUCUCCUCCCCCUUUUAGCCAUCUAGCCACGGAAAAAAUUCUCCCCCCGAGUCAUCCUCACAGGCUCGCCAAGAUGCACCGACACGUCCGGAAGAAAAUUCUCUGACCCACGAGUGCCCGCGUCCUGCAUCGUCCUCGAACUGACAAACCCUGCAAGCACACGCAUGCAAAGAUGCACCGACGCGUCUGGAAAAAGAUCCUCUAGCUUAGUGCAUAUGCGCACGCGGACCUCCCACCCACCACAACGACCAACUUCCUCAAGCUGGCCCUCGCCGAAGAUGCACCGCCACAUCAGGAAAAAACUCCUGUGAUCCUCUGCGUGCAGACGCACCCCAUUCAUAUCUUAGUCCUCCCUGUCGGCCGCGAAAACAGUAGUCCAGACGGCUGCACCUUCGAAGUAUUAGGAAGAAGCCUCGGAAAAUCUGCUGAUAGCCUGCGUGUGCAAUCAUGGUGGUUUGAGCCCGAAUCCAUUUCUCAGCUGCAGUUUUGUGUUCCAGAAAGAUGCGCAGGCACGUCAGGAAAAAGACUCUUCUAGGUUGUGCGCGCUAGCACGCCGAGAAAGACUCUUCAUCAUUGAGUGUUUGGGCCACAGAGCCAUUCUGGACUGCCGCGAUUUUGAUACAGAUCAAACUGUCGAUCGGCCAUUGAAUCUUGUGGGGCACGAGAGAGGGAAAGAGGCAUCAGGCAAGCCAGUGUCCUGUUUUGUUUUCAUGUGCUGAUUUAUAUAGACUUAUUGAGGGAGUUCUUGUCCAGACAUAAGCAAAGCUCAUCUGUUUCAUUUUAUUCUUGGGGUUUUUGCCGACUGAGAUCAUCAUGGUGGCCCACUCUGGAGGGUCCCAUACCGACAACGCGGUGCCUUCGUCAUCUUCAGCCUCGGGCGGAAACGGCACUGUUGUGGCCAAGAAGGAAUUGAAGAAGGGGCCAUGGACAGCUGCAGAGGAUGCGAUCCUCAUGGAGUACGUGAAGAAAAACGGAGAAGGAAACUGGAAUGCUGUGCAGAAGAACACGAGCUUGUCCCGAUGCGGGAAGAGCUGCCGCCUCCGAUGGACCAACCACCGCCGGCCCAACCUGAAGAAGGGCCCCUUCACCCCCGAGGAGGAGCGCCUCAUCCUCCAGCUCCACGCCCAGCUCGGCAACAAGUGGGCCCGCAUGGCUGCCCAGCUUCCGGGGCGAACUGACAAUGAGAUCAAGAACUACUGGAACACGAGAAUCAAGCGCCGCUUCCGCCAGGGCCUCCUCCUUUACCCAAACAACAUCGCUUUUCAGAAGCCAACAACUUCACCCCCAAUGCAGCUGGAAGCCCAGCCAGCCACCACCCCUAUCCGAGGCCGACCACCUCUGCAGAUCCCUACCAGGACGAUAUCACAAUUCCUGGCUCAGUCGCACUCCCCAAGCUCAACACUGAGCCCGACACUGCGCCCCGUCCCUCUCUCCCCACAUUCCUACAGCCAAUUCGAGACCAACUUCACCCACUCUAUGUCCCUCUUUGAUCCUUCCCCUCCACUCUCUCCCUCUCCGAGUGGUCUUCCAAGCUCGCAUGGUCUUUGGAGCCCACAUAGUCUUCCUAGUCCACAUGGUCUUCCGAGCCCCCACGGUGCUCCUAGUCCACACAGUCUUCCUAGUCCACACGGUCUUCUGAGCUCACACUCGCCCACCAUCUUGUCCCCGAAUCUAGUUCUCAAGAGCUACCAAGACGCGAACAUCUCCUUCCCGGGAUUCUCCUUUCCCCUGCAGACCUCUCCUCUCCAGUUGCCUACUGCAAAUUCUUUCCAAUUCACUCCAUUAACUUUCAACCUCAACUCCCCACAAGGCCAGCAGAGGACGCAACCACCUUGCACGGUUUACACGUCCAUGAAAUCUGUGGAGCUCCCUUCAAACCAAUUGUUCGCAUCCCAAGUGGAAAAGCCUGUGUUCGAGCCUGAGCCUGAACCCGAGCCAAAGCCUGAUGAGCAGGAGACCAGGUCGAAGCCCAGUCCGCCUCACAGCAGCAGCAGCAUCGGGAUGCUGGAGGACCUGUUGCAGCAGGCCGAAGCAUUGAUCUCAAACAAGAAUUCGCAGGAUCAGAAUGACUUCUUCCAACCGCAGGAUCAGAAGUUUAACUUCUCGCAGAAGUCAGGCCAUGCCUGGGAUGAUGUAGCUAUUGGCUCCGACAAUUCCUCAGAAGCAGGAUCAGGGAUCAAGAACGAAGUGAAAGAUGAGAACAGGUCCCUUCACGAGGACCUUACAGCGCUGCUCCAGUCGAUCCCUUCGCCAGCUAACAUCCUGGAGGUGUACAACAACCUUGGAGACAACCUGAACACCCCGCACCUGGACUUUGGCUCGGGUGUGGUGGUCUCUGAAGAUAGCCUGGGGAUCGAUAUGCAGCAAAUAGCCUCGAUUUUCCAGGUGGACGCCAACCCCACUGACAUCAGCAGGCAAACUGCCUCCUGUCCCUGGAACAGCCUGCCAAGGAUCUAUUAGCACCAUGCAGCAGCUUGUUUCUGAUGCGGGUUCUAUGACUUUCACGUAACUAAAAUUUUUCCUAUACUUUCGAGUAUUUUCAGACACACCAUUAAUUCAAUUAUAUUAAAGACAUAAAGAAUGCUUAAGUGCAUUGAAUUAUUGUAAGUUUUAUAUUGAUUCUUUUUCUUUUUUUGUAAAAUUAUCUUCAGAAUCUGCAAUAAAGAUAUGUUCUGCUAUUUUCUA